AUGGAGCUGGGCCCCGCCGUGUCCCCCGGGCCUUCCCGCUCCUUCAAGGAAGAGCUGCUCUGCGCCGUCUGCUACGACCCCUUCCGCGACGCCGUGACUCUGCGCUGCGGCCACAACUUCUGCCGCGGGUGCGUGACCCGCUGCUGGGAGGUGCAGGUGGCGCCCACCUGCCCGGUGUGCAAGGACCGCGCGGCCCUCGCCGACCUGCGCACCAACCACACCCUCAACAACCUGGUGGAGAAGCUGCUGCGCGAGGAGGCCGAGGGCGCGCGCUGGGCGGGCCCCCGCUCCCCGCGCCUCUGCCGCCCGCACCGCGGCCAGUUCAGCCUCUUCUGCCUCGACGACAAGGAGCUGCUGUGCUGCUCGUGCCAGGCCGACCCCCGGCAUCAGGGGCACCGCGUGCAGCCGGUGAAAGACACCGCCCACGACUUUCGGGCCAAGUGCAGGAACAUGGAGCACGCACUGCGGGAGAAAGCCAAGGCCUUCUGGGCCAUGAGGCGCUCCUACGAGGCCAUUGCCAAGCACAAUCAGGUGGAAGCCGCCUGGCUGGAAGGGCGAAUCCGGCAGGAGUUUGACAAACUUCGUGAGUUCCUGAGAGUAGAGGAGCAAGCCAUCCUGGACGCCAUGGCCGAGGAGGCAAGACAGAAGCAGCGUCUGGUGGAGGAGAAGAUGAAGCAGCUGGCAGAAGACACGGAAGCUCUGGCCCGUGAGAUUGAGCGGCUGCAAGUGGAGAUGAAGGAGGAUGAUGUUUCUUUUCUCAUGAAACACAAAAACCGAAAACGCCGCCUCUUCUGCACCAUGGAGCCCGAGCCCAUCCAGCCUGGCAUGCUCAUUGACAUCUGCAAGUAUCUAGACUCCCUACAGUACCGCGUCUGGAGGAAGAUGGUCACGUCUGUAGAAUCUGUGCCUUUCAGCUUCGAUCCCAAUACAGCAGCCGGCUGGCUCUCUGUGUCUGAUGACCUCACCAGUGUCACCAACCACGGCUACCGAGUGCAGGUGGAGAAUCCAGAGCGCUUCUCCUCAGCGCCCUGCCUGCUGGGCUCCCGAGUCUUCUCUCAGGGCUCCCAUACCUGGGAGGUGGACCUGGGGGGGCUGCCCAGCUGGCGGGUGGGCGUGGUGCGGCUGCGCCAGGACGCCGGUGCCGAGGGCCACUCGCACAGCUGCUACCACGACACCCGCUCAGGCUUCUGGUACGUGUGCCGCACGCAGGGGGUGGAGGGGGACCACUGCGUGACCUCGGACCCAGCCACAUCGCCUCUGGUCCCGGCCAUCCCUCGCCGCCUGCGCGUGGAGCUGGAGUGUGAAGAGGGCGAGCUGUCCUUCUAUGACGCCGAGAGCCACUGCCACCUCUACACCUUCCACGCCCGCUUUGGGGAGGUGCGGCCCUACUUCUACCUGGGGGGUACACGGGGGGACGGGCCCCCUGAACCUUUGCGCAUCUGCCCCCUGCGCAUCACAGUCAAGGAGGAGCUAGAUGGCUGAGGCCAGCCCGGGGCCUGCCGGACAGUGCCUGGGACUUGUGUCAUGGUCCAGCUUUCUUUCUGUCCUUCCUCAAGUCAUGUUACCUCAAUAACCUCUGAACCAUCUGCCUCUUUGCUAGGAUCUUCCUGCUGACCACUCUUAUCCUUUUCCUGUGGCUCCAGGAGAGCCGCCUCCUUCAUUUCUGAUCCCUUCUUCACUCGCACUUGAAAAUCAUCCAGGAGAUACCUCACUCCCAGAGUCAUGGCACCUUCAGGAUGUGAAUUUUCUAAAUCCUAAUUCCCAGAUAUCUAGGGAUAAAGUUUGCUUCUAGAAUGGCCUGUUUUAAAAUGUAGGUUUUAUUUUCUCUGAGAUCAGGAGAGGCUGCAGUUGGAAAGAGUUUGUUAUUUACAGUUCCCAGGAGGAGGGCACCGCCAUGCCAUGGGGAGCAUCAUGAAGAGCAGCUGCCUGGGGAAGCACAGAGGGCUCCUUAGGAGGCAGAGGGAGUUGGGGAAGCACAGGUAGGAGACUGUAGAGACAGGGCCAGGUGAGGCAGGGCUGUGGGUAGACAGGUUAGGGGUCUGCUAGUUUGAAUCAUUUUGGUGAGCUCUGGAGCAUAGGGGCUGCCCCUGGUUGUCAGAGAUGGCCAGGACAGGAUGAUCUGCAGGAGCACCGUGGCUCAGCAUGUGAGAGCCAGGUAAAGGAAGCCACUGGGGGUUUAGCUCUGGGUCAGUUGGUUUGCAUAUGGAAGGCAUGGCAUGCUCCCAGGGGAGUUUGCUUUCUCGGAAAUUGGCUAGUCCUGGGAGGAUCAGUUUCCUCGUGGUCACUGAGACCCCAGAUGCCAGAGCAUCAAAAAUACAGAAAAUAAGAACAUUCUGGUUCAUACAGAACUGUUGCUGUGACUUUGGGAUAGGGCCCAGGCUCAACUUUCUGUUACUUAAUACCAGUAUUUUAAAACUACUCCACAGAGCCCUCUGGAGCCUGCUGGCAGAGGCAAAGCUUCCCAUCAGGUCAGCUCUGAUUUAUCUAUUUACAUUUCUUGGACUAUUUCACUUAGAAAACACAAUUUUAAAAAUCACAGUUUAGACCUGUUCUUUCUAUGGACCUCAAUUUCUUCAUCUAUUAGUGAGAUAGGAGGACUGGAAAAUUAUGUCCUGUAGUUGCUGUGGAAGAAACAGCUCUGAUUCAUUCUUACAAAAUAAUGAGAAAGGAGAGGGAUCCUUUUCACUCAGGAGGUAGGAACUGGGGGUGCCUGGAGGGAGGAGGACGGGAGGUGUACCUCACUUGGCCUUUGCUGGCCUCCACCUGCUUAUUCUCAUUCUAUUGCCUUUUGUGUUUUCAUCUGAAUUUCUUCUGCCCCCACCCUGCCCUGCCUACAUAUGGACCUGCACCUCCAUCUUUUCUUCCCCACACAUGCCUGCAGAGAGUUCUUUAUGGUCAGCUUGUCCUGUCCCAGGAAACAGCAGGGUGAAAGGAAAUACUGUCCUGUAGGGGUGGUGGUGGUCUAAUCCAGGGGGAUGUUCCCGACCGAGGGCUCAUAUACAUUCUCCUGCCUCUGCUCCAGGUUCACAGAAAUGGACAUUUUUUUUAAAAAAAAAGCACAGUUCAGAACUAUGAAGUGGUUAUAAACGUGACAUGUACAAUUGGGAGGGGCCAUGGAGAGGGACGCAGUCGGAGAUGCCACUGGGUAAAGGGGACUGGAUUGGAAUAUUGGCACAUGGGCAUCUGCAGGUCCUGUCUGAAGGCACCCAGGCACGUGGCAGCUCAAGGCACUUUGGUGGUCAACACAUCUGACACCAGUGUGCGUUCUCUAUUUAUCUCGCUCACCAAAUAUAAUCUCUAUGAUCAUCUUGACCUGAAAUUAUUUUGUUAGUUACAAUAAAUUUUUAAAAUGUUUUUUAUUUCCAACUUAGGUUAUUGGAAAGGGGUUUUUGAAUAGGAUAAUUUGGAUAGUCUAGGCCUCUUUUUUAAAAAAUAAAAAUGAUAUUUGAGCUAAAAUCACUUUUCCUUUUGACCUUUUCCUUUCAGUGUUCUUGUGAGCAUAAGCUCAUCUAUGUUGUAGCAUGAAUAUGACAUUAUUCCCUUUUUAUGAUCAGAUAAUAUGCUGUUGUGUGGAUAUUUAUACUUUAUUUAUCCGGUCUUCAGCGAGUGGAUGUUUAGAUUGUUUCUAUUUUUUGCCAUUAUGAAUAAUGUGUGGAUGUAUAUUUUGUGGGGACAUAUGUUUUUCCAUUCUCUUGGGUAUAUAUCUGUGAGUGGAUUUGGCGGAUCAUGCAUGAACUCUCAUUAACCUUUGGAGGAACUGCCCGACUAUUUUUCAAAGGAGCUAUGCCAUUCUGUAUUCUUCUCAGAGGCGCAUGAGGGUUCCAUUCACUCCAUACCCUUGUCAGCACUUGUCUGUCUUUUAACUUAGCCAUCCUAAUGGGGGUGAAGUGAUACCUCAUUAUGGUUUUGAUUUGCAUUUCCCUGAUGACUAGGAUGUCGAGCAGCUUUUCAUGUGCUUCUUCACCAUUUUUAUGUCUUUUUAGGAGAACUGUCUUUAGCUCCUUUGCCCAUUUUUUGACUGGGUUACUUGUCUUGUAUCAUUGAGUUGUAAGAGUUCUUUAUAUGUUCUAAAUACGAGUCCCUUACCAGAUACGUGAUCUACAAAUUUUUUCUCCCAUUCUGUGGGUUGUCUUUUCACUUUCUUGAUGACGGCCUUUGAAACCAAAGUUUUUAACUUAGAUGAUGUCAAGUCUUAUUUUUUCUCUCAUUACUUGUGCAUCCUAGGAAUCUUCCUUUCGACACUGCCCUUAAGCCCAGGCAUAUAAAAGCCCACGUAUAUAAAUCAGUUUUUUGGAUUUGGGUUCAGGCAUGGGGCAGUUCACCUGUUGACAGGUGCACAAGUGUCCUCUUUUUUGGAACCCUCUCCUACCCUUGCCUUCUACUCUUUUCCAUCCCAACAUCAGUUUUCUCCUCAUUACUACAUCUAGGCUGAAGGCAGCCUCCCCUUUUCCAGCUUCUCCCACCUUCAGUCCAUCCCAUGUGUAGAUGCCAGAAGCACUGUCCUUCAUUGUCACACCUCACCGUGAUGACACCACUCCUAGCAGUCCUACAUUUCUCCAGGGCAGAGUUUGGAGCUCGUCAUUACCCAGCUCUCCUUCCGUUGUCCAGUUCCUGCUCCGCUACACAAAAACAUGGGUCCUGCCAGCCCAGGCUUCUUAGGACAUCUUCAUCCUGCUGCCUGGCUUCAUCCAGCUGGCUAGUUUUUUGGUUUGGUCUGGUUUGGUUUGUUUUUUUGGGUUUUUUGUUUUUGUUUUUCAGCUGGCUGUUUUGAUUAGAAUGUCCUUAACACCUAUUAUACUGUCAAUUCUGGUUAUGUUGGUCCUGCCAUGUACAUGCUGUGUCUCCCCGGGCACUCUUUACUUUCCUGAGCUUGUGUCCUCAUCUGUAAAAAUGAGGAUAAUUCCCACCUCUUAAAGGUCUGAUGUAGCAUGCCUGUGAGCACUGUCCCACAGCGAGCACUUCAUGACAGCAGCCACUGAAAGCAUGCUUGAGAAACACCAAAAGGAGAUAACUGAAGGUCUCCUAAUUGAUCUCCCUGGCUUCCUGUCACUCCCUUGUUGGCCACCAGUUAUGUUUUGGCCACACUGAAGUUCACAUCCACCCUCUCUUUCCUUGCUCCCUUCUGCUAGUGGAGGAUGAAAUUUCUCUCAGCAGAAUUUGAUUGGCUGUUUGUUGAUGAAAUAGUGAAAGUCUCUCACAACCCCUUUGGUUUGAAAAGUGGCAGUGCCAGGGGUCCUGGCACAGAGCAACUGUGCCAUCCUGGCUUUUCCCAGCUUCUCUUGAGUGACAUCUUGAGAGCCCUCCAUGGCUGCUCCUGCCCACUCUGCCACCACCCUCUACCAGACUGCUCAGCCUUCCUGAGCCCCAUUGGACUUGUGCAUCUCUAGUGGCUGCUCUCUGUCAUUCCCUCAGCCUGCAGGGCCUGUUGCCUUCCUUUAUUUGCCUUUAGUUGUCCUGAGCUCAGUGCUACCUUCUGAGACCUGCCCAGAGCUUCUCUGACUGCCACCCCACGUUGGCGUAACCAAGAUCAUUGAGUGUGUACACUGGAGUUCAGGAAAGCUGUUCCGGAAAACUCUACACAAUGGGCAGUAUCUUUGGUAAGGAGGAAGUGGUCUGGCACCCACAAGAUGGGUUCCUGGAUCCAGGUGUACCAAUCAUAUGAUUUCUGAGCUUUCUGAACCUUUUGAACCAUGGUGCUCGGUGCUCUCAUCUAAAAUGAGCAGUAGGGUUUCUACCUCAGACUGUCGAGAUCAAAUGAAGUCAUUUUUUUGUUUGUUUGUUUCAAAUGACACAUGGUAUAUUCUAAACAUAGUACAGCCCUAAUACACAUUGGCCAAUUCUUCAGGAAGUGGGAGAUUCUGAAUGUUAACGUAAUGAUGGCACAUUAAUGAAUCCCGAAGAAAAUUGAAAAAUAGAAUUUGAUCUUGGGCAUGUUCAAAUUUCUUGAAUUGUUUUUUUUAGCAAGGAUCUAUAUGAGUUGGGUUUUUUCUUUUUUUAGCAAGGAUCUAUAUGUACAGGAGGAUAUAAGCAUAUGAAAAAUUUCGACACCAUGGGAAAAUGGUUAUCUCGUAGUGAGCAAGAAAAAUAGGGUUUAGAGUUAUACAUACAGACAUGCAACACACACACACAAAGACCAAUAGGAUCUUGUCUAUAAUUUGUGUGUAUUAUUUGAGUAGAUAAUCCAUUUACAUGGCUAUAAAUUUCAAAGGUACAAAAGGUACUUAGAACAGUCUCCCACUUAUGCCCACAUACUCAGCUCCCCUCCUGUGGACAAUCCAUAUUAUCAUUAAAAUAAGAUAUACUUCCAGAAAAACUUUAUGCAGAGCACAAAUCCUGUUCACAAGUAUAUUCUGGUUCCCCCAAUGCACUGUCACUUAAGAGCAUAUGCUCCAGGGACGCCUGGGUGGCUCAGUGGUUGAGCAUCUGCCUUUGGCUCAGGUUGUAAUCCUGGAGUUCUGGGACUGAGUCCUGCAUCAGACUCCCAGCAAAGAGCCAGCCUCUCCCUCUACUUAUGUCUCUGCCUCUCUCUGUGUGUCUCUCAUGAGCAAAUAAAUAAAAUCUUAAAAAAAAAAAAAGCAUAUACUCCAGGUCAGUAUCCCUAAGCAACCCAACCAAGAGGAGAAUUCUCAAAGGAUAUUAUUAAUUUCCUAUCCUCAAGUGGGAGGUAUGGCAUGGAUGUUUUUGUGCAAUUAGUUUAGCUAGUGGAUUUAGCUUUUCAUUCUUUUCAUUCACAUAUUUCACACUGGGUUUUAAAACAGGGAACACAGGCAGCCCGGGUGGCUCAGCGGUUUAGCACUGUCUUUGGCCCAGGGCAUGAUCCCGGAGACCCGGGAUCGAGUCCCACAUCGGGCUCUCUGCGUGGAGUCUACUUCUCCCUCUGCCUGUGUCUCUCAUGAAUGAAUGAAUAAAAUCUUUAAUAAAUAAAUAAAACAGGGAGCAUUAUUGAAUUUAGUUGCUCCUGACAUUAGAAGAUAAGCCUGAGACCGCAACAUAGAUUUUUAAAAUUUCAAGCCUCACAAAGGUCUCUAGAGACCUAAAUAGCCUAGUGUUACAAGGUUGGGAUGUGAGUUUGGACAACCUGGUUCAAAGCCUGACUCAUCUACUGUGUGACCUUGGGACAGUUACUUGACUUCUCAGUGCCUUAUCGUUAUCCUGUGAUUAUAAAAUAAAUACCUUAAGGGCGCCCUUCUGGCUCAGUCAGGGGAGCAUGCAACUCUUGAUGCCAGGGCUGUGAGUUUGAGCCCUGCAUUGGGUGUAGCAGUCACUUAAAAAAAUAAAAAACUAAAACAAAAGAUACCUUAGGACAAACGGAGAUAAGCCACCUCAUAAGGUGGUUACGGGACUACAGGAGCAAAUGUCUAAAACACGUAGGUCUGGCAUAUACUGUUGUUUUACCUGGUUCUGCUACUAAAUAACUGUGAGACUUUAGAGAAAGCCAUUCAACUUGUCUUCUAUAAAAAGGGAAACUGGGACACUUGCAUAAUUGUUUCCAAGGCCUUUUCCGAUUCUAAGGUCCUGUGAUUCACAAUCUGUGUCACUAGCAGAAGCCCAGUGUCCUGCACGUGGUAGGAUCUGCUGCUGCAAGUGAAGUAUUUUAAGGACCUGGGUGUGGCACUAGGAGCUCUGCCUAAGUUUUGAGUCUGGAGAAAGAAGACUAGAGUCAUAAUGUUUGAAGUGUAAUGAAGGUUAUUCUAGAGAGGGGGCAGGUCUUGAAAAAAUCGCUGCUAAAAAUAAUAAUCAGUCAUGCACAAUAAAACUAUUGUCCCGUUCCA